UCCAUCGAUUUUUCUAAUAUAUUUUUUAAUUAAGUAAUCAGAACACUCCCUGCAUACCACACUGUUUAAUAAUAAAUGUUUAAUUUGAUGUUUUUCCAGUUAGUUGAGCCCAUAGGUGUCAGAUACGACCACCAUGGGGCAAGGUGUAAUGAAGAGCAUUCAUUUGGAGGAUGAGCCGAUCGACAAACCAGAAAUGUUUGCUAAAUACAAGGAGUAUGGCGCAGAGGAUAGGCCUGUCAGAAAAAUGGCAGUUACAAGAGAAGAAAUGAAUCUGGGACAAAUACCUCGUGAAAGCCGUGACUACUGCGCCCAACAUUUCAUGGCGUACAAGAAAUGCAUUAGAGAGUGGAUGCCGCAGUAUCGGAAGUGCAUGCAUCAACUUCACCAUUACCAUGAUUGCGAGAUAGAAGACCAAAUUAUUCGAAGAAAAGAAUAUGAGAGAACUAAGCGCCUAAUGAAGCGUGACAAGGAGCGAGCAAGACGGGAGGCGAGAGAAGCAGCGGCCGCAGCACAAUAAAUAAACUCAUUUGAAUUUUUUGUUUAUAAAUCUAAAAAUAAAAUAUGUUUUCUCUUCUCA